CUCUCUCUCUCUCCCACUUUUCUAGUGUGUUGUUUUGUGGUCCAUAAGCGUUGCCAUGAGUUCGUCACCUUCCAGUGUCCUGGAGCAGAUAAGGGGCCUGAUUCAGACGACCCGAGGAGUAAACACAGGUUUAAGGUCCAUACCUACUCCAGCCCUACGUUCUGUGACCACUGUGGAUCCCUCCUCUACGGGCUGCUACACCAGGGCAUGAGAUGUGACCACUGUAUGAUGAACAUCCAUAAGCGGUGUGUGCCCAACGUUCCCAGUCUGUGUGGAACAGACCACACUGAGAGGAGAGGACGCAUCCAGAUCACUGCAGACAUCAAGGACAACAAACUCACUGUCACCAUCCAUGAUGCUUGUAACCUGGUGCCUAUGGACCCAAACGGUCUGUCUGACCCCUACGUGAAGCUCAAACUCAUCCCCGACCCCAAGAGUGACACCAAGCAGAAGACCAAGACCGUCAAGUGCAACCUCAACCCCACCUGGGACGAAACGUUCAAAUUUCCCCUGAAGGAUGCUGAUAAGGACCGUCGUCUGUCGGUGGAGAUCUGGGACUGGGAUAUGACCAGCAGGAACGACUUCAUGGGAGCGCUGUCCUUCGGCAUCUCAGAACUCCAGAAACAAGGAGUGGACGGAUGGUUUAAGUUGUUAUCUCAGGAGGAAGGAGAGUACUUCAACGUUCCAGUCCCUCCUGAGGGUGAGGAGGGCAACGAGGAGCUACGACAGAAGUUUGAGAGGGCUAAGAUUGGUCAGAGCACCAAGAACACAGAAGGCUCGGCCUCCGCGGCCAAGUUCGACUCCAACGGGAACAGAGACCGCAUGAAGCUGUCCGACUUUAACUUCCUGAUCGUGCUGGGCAAGGGAAGCUUCGGAAAGGUGAUGCUAGCAGAGCAUAAGAAGAGAGAGGAGCUGUAUGCCAUAAAGAUCCUGAAGAAGGAUGUUGUGAUUCAGGAUGAUGAUGUGGAGUGUACCAUGGUUGAGAAGAGAGUCUUGGCCCUGUCGGGGAAACCACCCUUCCUCACGCAGCUCCACUCCUGCUUCCAGACCAUGGACAGAUUAUAUUUUGUGAUGGAGUAUAUCAACGGAGGAGACCUCAUGUAUCAGAUCCAGCAUGUCGGCAAGUUCAAGGAACCCCACGCUGUGUUCUACGCAGCAGAGAUUGCCAUAGGACUGUUCUUCCUCCAUCUGAAAGGAAUAAUCUACAGGGAUCUGAAGCUGGACAACGUGAUGCUGGAUGCAGAAGGCCACAUUAAGAUAGCUGACUUUGGGAUGUGUAAAGAGAACAUGUCAGACGGAGUCACCACCAAGACCUUCUGUGGGACCCCCGACUACAUCGCUCCUGAGAUCAUAGCGUACCAGCCUUAUGGGAAGUCAGUGGACUGGUGGGCCUUUGGAGUUCUGCUGUAUGAGAUGCUGGCUGGACAGCCUCCCUUCGAUGGUGAAGAUGAAGAUGAGUUGUUUCAGUCCAUCAUGGAGCAUCACGUCUCCUACCCCAAGUCCAUGUCCAAGGAGGCUGUCGCCAUCUGCAAAGGGUUGAUGACUAAGCAUCCAGGGAAGCGUCUGGGCUGUGGUCCGGAGGGGGAGCGAGACAUCAGGGACCACGGGUUCUUCCGUUAUAUGGACUGGGACAAACUAGAGAACAAGGAAGUACAACCGCCAUUCAAACCCAAAGCUUGUGGGCGCGAGGCAGAGAACUUUGACCGUUUCUUUACACGCCACCCCCCCGUCCUGACCCCCCCAGACCAGGAGGUCAUCAUGAAUCUGGACCAGGAUGAGUUCCAGGGAUUCUCCUUCGUUAACCCAGAGUACCCCUCUCUCACUGAGGAGGAGGAAGAGGCUGCAGAGAGCUAAGGACCAACACACCUUAACCAACACACACACACCUUAACCAAC